AGGCUGUUCUCCCAGCUUGCCAAUCAUUCUAGCGAGUUUCCCCACUCUUUCCAUCUCCCCGUCUGCAGCCUACAUGUGCGCCGGACACACAGCUCUCCUCUGAGCGGACACUGCAUGGAAAGAAACGAACGAGCCCACCAUGGAAUAGGAAUACUGCUGGACAAAACGGGGGGAAAAAACUCUCUCACAUCUUUCUUAUUUUCUCCUUUUUUUUCCUGACGCCUUUUCUUUCUCUCUUUCUCUCUCACACUCUCGCAUCUAUCCCCCACUCUCUCUCCCGAUGUCUCUCAACAGUUUCUGAAGGGAUUGAAGGAAAGAAACAUGAGGAUUAUUAUUUUGUCUUGGCACUUUCUCGGGGUGUAUUCCGCCCUUUGGGGGCUGGCUGCGGGGGCAUUCCCCAGCUCAGUGCAGAUAGGUGGGUUGUUCAUUAGGAAUACGGAUCAGGAGUAUACAGGGUUUCGAUUAGCCAUCUUCCUUCAUAACACCAGCCCUAAUGCUACGGAAGCUCCCUUUAACCUGGUCCCACACGUCGACAACAUAGAGACCGCCAACAGCUUCGCCGUCACCAAUGCAUUCUGUUCUCAGUAUUCAAGGGGAGUCUUCGCCAUCUUUGGCCUUUACGACAAGCGCUCGGUGAACACGCUGACGUCGUUCUGUGGGGCCCUGCACAUCAGCCUAGUGACGCCCAGCUUCCCCAGCGAAGGAGAGGGCCAGUUCACCCUGCAGCUCCGGCCGUCCAUCAGAGGGGCAUUGCUGUCACUGUUGGACCACUAUGACUGGACCCAAUUUGUCUUCCUCUACGACACUGACAGAGGUUAUGCAAUACUGCAAGCAAUUAUGGAGAGAGCGGGGCAGAACGGAUGGCAGGUGAGUGCUAUCUGUGUGGAGAGCUUCAAUGAGGCAGCAUACCGCCGACUCUUAGAGGAGUUGGACCGACGUCAGGAGAGGAAAUAUGUCAUUGACCUGGAGCCUGAAAGACUACAAAGCAUCCUGGAACAGGCUGUAAGUGUGGGGAAACAUGUGAAAGGUUACCAUUACAUCGUAGCAAACCUGGGAUUUAAGGACAUAUCUCUGGAGCGGUUCAUGCAUGGCGGCGCCAAUGUGACUGGUUUCCAGCUGGUGGACUUCAGCAGGCCUAUUGUUAUUAAACUGAUGCAGCGUUGGAACAAACUGGAUCAGAGAGAGUACCCUGGAUCUGAAAGCCCACCUAAGUACACCUCAUCUCUAACGUAUGACGGCGUCCUUGUGAUGGCCGAGGCCUUCCGCACCCUUCGCCGUCAGAAAAUUGAUAUCAGUCGCCGCGGCAACGCUGGCGACUGCCUGGCCAAUCCAGCUGCUCCCUGGAACCAAGGAAUAGAUAUGGAGCGUGCACUCAAACAGGUGCGUAUUCAGGGCCUGACUGGAAACAUUCAGUUUGAUCACUACGGUCGGAGGGUCAACUAUACCAUGGACGUAUUUGAGCUAAAGAGCAACGGACCUCGCAAGAUUGGCUACUGGAACGACAUAGACAAACUUGUGUUGGUCCAGAAUGAUAAUACUCUGUCCAAUGACAGCACGGCGAUGGAGAACCGCACAGUAGUCGUGACAACUAUCAUGCCUCUGAUGAUGAGGAAGCCUCUGCUGCGACACUGAUGCCGGGUCUGCAGACAGAGCGACAGACAGACACACAGACUCACCUGAGUCGCAAACCCUCGGGAAAGACAGAGGACAGACUGAUUUACUGAAUGUCUCUAAAGCUCUGUACAAAGACUCAGUGUGCUCUAGUUUUGCUUUGUCAUGGUGGCUUUUGUCUUUACGUGUAUUUUGUUUAAAUGGGGAUUUUCUUUGUUUGUUCUGAAAUUAUUUCUUUAAGUAGUUUGCCCUGCAUUAAAACAGAAGAAAUGGCAAAGAGGGACAGAUGAGAAGAACACGGCCACCAUGUUUUGAGCCUGCAAGGCACUGGGAUGCCUUUCUCGCUGUGCUCCUCAUGACAAUGGCUACAGUCGGAUGGAUACUGUGGCUGCUGUCAAGAUUUGACACUUGGCUGCACAAAAUCACCAGACCAUCAGACAGCCCUGUUAAUUCAGAUUCUUUUCACUCCUUUCGAGGACACAACAAUCACCAGCACCAUCUCUGCUACACUGCAGAGAACCUGCAGGAAGAAAUGCCUCACCAAAAUGCAUCAUUUGUUCUAUUUCUCUCGAUACUUUUGUUUUGUUUUUGGAGGAGAGUGAUACAUGGACAGAUCUUUGUGCCAGUGUAUUUUGGCGCCCCUCACCUUGUGAUACUAUACUCUCCCUCCAUCUUCAUCUUUCUGCUCCGUCACUCUGUAAAACUACUCAGUCAUGCUCACUCAGCCAACUUUCCUCUACUGUGUUCCAGUGAGAGCUCUACACACCACCUGAAUGUAAAGGAAUUCAACACCAGGGGUGCUUGACUGAAGCACAAGAGAUCCCCACACAUCACAUUGUAAUGGUGCCAUUUUAAAUGUUUUGACUUGUCUAAGUUUCACACUACCAUUGUAGCAAAGUGCAUUAAUGGGGGGAUUGAUUGUUAAGCCUGUUGACAUUUACUUCACUUGUUAACACAGUCCCUGAGGAAUUCACAAUUUCUUGUUUAUGCCUUUUGAUUUUGCCUUAAUUAAUUGCAGCAUACUGUACAAAAUGCUCCUUUAGUGAUUUGAAUGUUUAAUUGGCUUUAAUAUAAUAUUUCGAUAUAAUAGAUUUUCUGACUUCUAAUCGAUUACAUUUGUCUUCAAAUAUAUGUCUUUUGAUGGAUGAAUUAUUACUAAAAGGUGUAGCACAUCCAGCUUCAAAACAAAACUGUAGAGUCCGCUCACUGUUAGAUUGUUCUCCAAUAGCGUGUUUAUGAAUGAAACGUCAAUGUUGCUUUCCCACAAGGCUCCUCGUCAGGAUGCAGGACACUCAUAUAUAGAGCUGAAGAUGGGAAAUUGUCAUUAGGGGGUACAUUAUUUAUGUAAUAGUAUAAAGUAGGCCAACUUUCAUAAACAGAAGAGAAAAUAUGAAAGCUUCUGAAAUAUUGGCUUUGGAAAAAUAUGUUGAACCGAACUGAAUGCCGUUGUCUGACUGAACGGGUGGCGGUUGAAUUAUUAGCUAGACAGACAACAAGGCUUGUUUUUGGCAGGCUGGUUAGUUACCUGGUGGACUCAGCAGCUCACAGUCUUUGUGUCUGGCUGACUUACUGUGAAAAGCUUUUUAACUGGCAGGUUGUCUGGUGACAGACGAUUGGCAUUGUGACUAACAGUCUGGAUACUGACUGACUAACUGGUCAUUUGUUUACUGGUGGACAGACUGCUGAACGGCCUUGCUCGCUUUAUGGUGGAAUUGCUGCAAGAUAAUCCUACUGGCUCACUGGCCAAAUAUGUGACUGGAUAGAUGAUUAUGUACGAUAAUUGCAAUACUAAAUGAAUGAAUGAAGUGAUUGACCGAUUGACUGACUGCUUGGCUUACUUCUUUGGCCAUCUGAAAGGAUGGCUAGUCGGCUUUUUUAACGUCUCAGUGGUUGGAUAACUUUUUACGUCUGGCGAAAGUCUGGCUCUUUAGAUGCUGAACUGAUUGUGCGUCCAGAUGGCAGCCUGAAUCAAUGAUGGAACAGUUAGGUGACUGUCCAGUCGGGUGCCUGUCUUUUUCACUGGCUGGCUAACUGGUUUACAUAGCAAGUCCUGUCUGCCUUUUUGGCUCUGGUGUGAAGUGCUUCAUGUCUUAUCAGCACCAACCAUUUGCUUCUACAAAGCUCUUCUCCCUCUUUUCCCCCCACCCGUUUUCCCUCUUUAUGUCUGUGUUUUCAGUCUUUCUUCUGUCUUGCUUUCCUCCUCUUUUGCUCUAAAUUUUUUCACAUUGUCAUAUUCCUCUUCCAUUUUAUCUUUCCUUCACACUCCCUUCUUCUGUACCUAUUUAUCUUCUCUCCUCACUGAAGCUAUCUGUUUGUAUUCUGAUCUGCUCCUUCAUCUUUCUUUUGUAGUUUCAUGCAGCCAACACAUCCCACAUCCCUCUCUUCAUCCCCAUGUCCAAGCUCUCUUUCAACCUCCUGAUCGGCAUUAGCAUUAUUACCUUCACACCAAGACAAAGGCAUCUGGGGCAAACUGAUAACAAACCUUGAGGAGGCUUUAAAGUGAAACAGUGCCAUACAGUGUGCAUCUGUAUGUGUGUGUGUUUAUUUGUAGUUUCUGUUCAUGUGUAGUUGCUUACAUGAUACUAAAUUAAUUAGCCUGUUCUCAUUUCAAACACUUGACCUUCUAACAUGAUAAACAGGGCAAUUUGAUGGAGGAGGCAACUGAGAUGGUUGCAUACUCCUUGUCAGCACAAAUUAAGUAAAUGGUUUCCCUUGAGAUUUGAUGAUUGAAGAUGAAAAGUGAAGCAAAACAGCCUUCUUACAUUUUUUAAGUGGGGUGUCACUGAUGAUACAAUCUCCUGAUGUGGGACACUUUAUACAAAUAAAUAAAUAAAUAUAUUAAAGGCAAAGUUCAACAUUUUGGAAAAUACGUACAUGUCUUUCAGGGUGUUCAUUGACAAGAUUGAUACGACUCUCAUAUCUGUCCAUUUGACAUGUCGCCGGGGCCAGCAGCCAGUUAGCUUAGCAUAUCAUAAAGACUGGAAACAGUCUUUAUGAUAUAGCUUUGCUCUAUCUAAAUGCAAAAAAAAAAUCAAAUGCACUCAUUAACAUGUCCCGUGUCUUAUACCAUCUCAUUUAAUCAAAAUGUAAAUAAUGAAAACAUGGGUAUUUCUUCCCAGACCAUGGCUUUGAGCAGUGACUUCCUGAAGCGUCCACUGGUUGCCUGCAACCUCACGGUGACAACAAGACUCUAACGAGAUAGUCAUUGUGCUAAGCUAAGCAAACCUUCUCCUGGCUGUAGCUUCAAAUGUCACAGACAGAUAUGAGAGUGGCAUCAAUCGUCUCAUCUAACUCUAAACAAGAAAGCAAAUAAACAUAUUUCCCAAAAAUGUCUCUAAAUGAGAAAUGCUGAAUUAAUUAACAAUGAAUAAGAUUAUUGUAUGUCAUCCUUUGUUGUGUCCAUUAGAUGAGAUAGAUGGAAUAAUAAUUUCUGUCCAGUUUGGCCCAAAGUUUCUAUUUUGGUGCGUUCAGAUUCUUGAAUUUGUGUUUCAGUGUAUCUGAAACAGGUCUGCCAAGUACUACAGCUUGUAAUGAAUAUAAUCAUGUCCAUCUGGCUACAGCAUUAUCAUCAUUCGUUAUUUUUAAAUUACUUGAAAAUAUCCCAAGCUAAAUAUUCCCUUAUUGUCAUUGUUACUUUCAUUUUGCAUGCAACAAACAGGCAAUUCUGUAUCAUUCACCAGAUGUCUUCUUAAAGCGCGUUUCCUCACAAACUUCAAUGUCAAAUUGUUGUCAAUACGUUUUCGAUUAUCUGGGCAGUUAAUAUCACACCAGGCUGGUAAACCAUCAAGUUUAUGAUGCAAAGCAACACAUAUUGAAUUAAAAACAAUAACACAGCAAGAUGAUUGUAAAAACUGUAGAUUUCGAUAUAAGCAGUAAUUAGGCUACAGCUAUGAAUCACACUGGUAUUGUAUUUUUAUAUUGUUUAGCUCACAUCGUCAUACCCUCUAGUCUUUAUCCUGCUACAGUACAGAGCAGUCCUCGUGGCUGUGUUGAUCUGUCUGAGAGAAUUCACUUGAAACUGUGUGCUGUUCAUUAAUAUUAUGAUUCAUGUUGAGUCAAUGGAAGUCGCGCCCCAGGACAUGCUAAUGUCCUUGAUAAUGAUAUUUUAGGGGAAAUAUUUUUGUAUGUUCUGACAUUGAACACAAUGGGGCAAAUGAUUGUAUUUGAUGAUGAUGGUAAUGAUGAUGAUGAUGAUGAUGAUGAAGUGUUGUUGAUCAAAAGUGUCUUAUUUUUAUGGCUGGUUUUGGAAGAAGUGUAUUUUGUUUUAAGAAAUAUUAUACUGAUGACUGAAUAAUGGUUUGUUAGAAAUGUGAUGCUCAGGCUGUUUUUGAUGGUUUUAAAAUGCGUUUGUUUCUCAACCUUUUUGUCAAUUUGACAUUAUCUUUAUUAAUUCGCAUGAGUGUGAAUUGAUGUUCAAUAUUAAUGUUAAAUGUGGUUUAUGCACACAGAAAUGGACACGCACAUCCCAAAGAAAAUUGUGACAUUUUCAAUCUUGCAAACUAUUUAACAGGAAAAAAACUAAGCAUGCUAACAUGCUCAUCAUAUCUAUGAUAGCAUGUUGAUGUUUAGCAGGUAUAAUUACCAUGUUCUCCAUAUUAGUAUUAGCAUGCUAACCUUCUUCUACAAGUUUGAAUAACCAUAACUGAAAAAUGAUAAAAAAUGAUUUCUCCCUAUUUUACUUUUCAGUCAUACACAAGUACAAAAGUAAAUAGUUAUAUUUCAAGCUCUUUGUUUAUUAAAGAGAAAGAGGAUUCAUCUAUAAA